GGGAGGAAAAAAAAAUAACCCGCUGAGGAGAAGCGGCGGUUGGGGCGUUGCGCGGCCUGCGUCUCUCUUCGCCCUCCUCCCUCCUCAUGCCUUGCCGGGAUGCUCCGCUCGAGCGGCUUCUUCCGCGGCGUCGAGUGCCCCUUCGGGCCGGCCUGCGGGAGGCCCUAUUGCCACUUCCGACUCCCGUCCGGGGCCCAACUUCUCGCCGAGCCCCCGCCGCCUCGGCGCCUCUCUGCCCGGCCCGGCCCCAGCAGAAGCCCCGCCGUGGCAGCAGGGUGCGGCUAUGACCCUUACAACCCAGAACUUCCCAAGCCCACGGCGCAAAGCAGCGAUGGUGCCUUGGGGGACAUUACCAAGUCGGCUGCCAGCAUUCUGGAGAUUGAGCUGGUUGACAAGGCUAUUGAGGUUGCGAAGAACGAAUAUGAGCUUGAGCAGAAAAAGUAUGAGGAGCUUUUGGAGACCGCCAAGGCCCCUCCGCUUGCUUCCAAGGCUGCUGAGUUAGCAGGAUCCAACUCAUUUCUUUCCUUGGAAUAUACCCCAGGUAGCUACAGUGUUAGUGGUAACGCUGACUACAACCCUACUCCUCUUCCGGUGGCGGCUUCUAGCAAGUCCAGCAAAUACACGUUGGAUUCUUUCAACCAUGUGAAGUCCAAGGGCAGCUCGCUGGAGUAUGUUCCCACGAUGGUCACCCAGCCAAAGAAGUACAGCUGCCCCGUCCCCAAUAGCAAAUACAUCAUUGACAACUCCAAGCCUUCGACGGAUUUGGAGUACGACCCUCUGUCGAAUUACUCCGCCAGGCUUUUGAGCAAAGCCAAGGAACAGAAGGGGGCCAAGCGGAAAAGAGCCGUCGAUCUUAGCGAGGUAUAUUCUCCGUCGCUCAAGAAACAUUGCAAUGCAACUAGCAAGGAUGAGCCGGUCGCCAGGUUCUCUGACUCAGAAGAGGAAUGCCAAGUGGCUUCUACCAUCCCUUCGAAAUCUAAAGGUGGUUUGGAAAGCAAAUUACCCGGUCGGUUGGUGGCCAAAGAAAAGGGAACCCGACAAAUGGAUUCUGGUUCUCGGCAGAUGAAAGAAACUGCUGUGCAGUAUGACAUGGGAGACAUCGAAAGCCCUCAGGGAGCCGUGGUUAAAGACUUGCUGGAGAAGGAUGCCAAGUUAGCCAGACUACUUUCUAGGGAGGACGCGAAAGAGGCAGAGAAAAACAAAGGGGCGUCGAGAGACAAGCUGAAAAAGAAAAAUGCCGACAGCCACAAGACGGAACGCAAGAGAGACCGAAGCAAAAUUGCAGACAAGGAGAAGGUGGAUGCAAAGGGGCAGCGCAAGAACGGGGAGAGGAGUAAGGACAAACCGGGCAAGUCCCGGGUCGAUGGGCACCCGAAGAAGCUCGAGAAGCCGAAAUCUGUGACCGGAGCUGGAAGUAAGGAGGAGAGCUCUGGCAAGAACAAAAACGUUGGCAAAGGAUCUGGCGCUGAAAAAGGAGGAGCCGGCAGGAAGGAUGGCAAACUGAGGCCUGUGGACUUGAAAAAGAAGACCGAGGCUUCUAGGGCUGAAGCUAGAGACAGAAGAGGCAAGCCACCGGCCCCGGAGAGGCCCAAGGCUGACGCCCCGGCGGCGGGGAGCUCUAAGGCCAAGUGCAAAGCUAAGCAGCGGGCCCUGAGCCACGUUGACCUCUUUGGUGAUGAGAGUGGGGACGAAGGGCAGGCAGGGAAACCGCUGCCUGCUGCGUUCCCUGACGUCAGUUCGGACUCGGACGGCGGUUUCCCGUUGCCCCAGGACAAUGGAUGGAUGAGCAUUAAGCGGCCUAAACUGCCCAAGGCUCCUUCCUCAGCUUCCUCUUCCUCUUCCAAUGAGGUUGAUUAUUCCGUUCUGGAGAAGGAUUUGGACUUUGAAUCUGACCCAAUGGAGGAGUGCCUACGGAUCUUUAAUGAAUCUACCGACGUUAAAAUGGAAGACAAAGGCAGGCUGGGAAAACAGCCAUUGAAAGAGGAAGGUUCUGAGGAAAAGAUGACAGAGGAUGGUUUGACCACACUUUUCCCAGGCCAGAAAAGGAGGAUCUCUCAUGUCACAAAGCAAGGAAAUGUCGAAGUCCCAAACAAGUCAGUUGUCCGGCCCUACCGGCCCCCGACUGCCCAAGAAGUCUGCUACCAGAGGAUCCAGCUGGCCCAGAAGCAAGCGGUACAGCUGGCCCAGCAGCGGCCACCACCCACACAGUUGUCUGCGGCACCCCAAAGAGGCUACCUUGCAGUCCACAAAGGAGAAAAGAAACGGAUUGCCCAUGUGCCCAAUGCAGCCCUUCCUGCAGCUUCCAAGUGUGUCCCUGGAGGUCUUAAGAAAGCCUUUCCACCUGGGAGCACAGUAUCUCCCAACAGUGCUGACGCUCUGUCUCUGAAAGCUCGUACGUUCGCUGGGAUGGCAUCCAAGACGACGACGACAAAUGUCCCGAAAAGGAUCGCGCAUGCGCCCACGCUGCAGAGUGCGACCUUAAAAAGGCCAGUUAUUCCUACUGAGUUCGGUGCGAAGGUUCCCACCAACGUCCGUCAGAGGUACCUCAAUCUCUUCAUAGACGAGUGCCUGAAGUCCUGCCUAUCGCAGCAGGAAGCAUUUGACAAGGCCUUGGCAGAGGAGAAGUUGGCAUAUGAGCGUAGUACCAGCCGGAACAUUUACCUGAAUGUGGCGGUGAACACCCUGAAGAAGCUGAGGAGUCUGCUGCCCAGCCCCUCCCAGGACUCCCGCAAGUUCAGCAACCGGAAACUGGUGUCUCACGAAGCCAUGCUAGGAGGGAAGCUGGCUGCCAGGACCAGUUUUACGUUGAAUCGCACCACAAGCCUGCGAGUGGAAGACCUGACUGGUGCUGCCUUGUACCGGAGACUCAAGGAGUACGUGUUGACGGAGGAAGACUUGAAGGAGCACGGCUAUCCGAUGCCGUGUCCUGAAAAGCCGGGCCGGGCGAUUGUCUUCACCGCCGAAGAGAGGAAAAUGGCUGAUGGUCCUUGCCGAGUUUGCUGCCGCUGUGGCGCGGAGUAUAUGGUGACGGCAUCUGGUAACUGCGUCCGUAAGGAGGAAUGCGUCCAUCACUGGGGACGGUUGCGCAAGCAAAGAGUUCCAGGUGGCUGGGAAACGCAUUACAACUGCUGUUCCGGAGCGGUGGCUUCCGCCGGUUGCCAAGUUGCGAAACAACAUGUCCAUGAUGGCCGGAAGGAGAACCUGGAGGGUUUUGUGAAGACUUUUGAGAAGCUACCAAAUGCAGAUGGCUGUCCCGGCAUCUAUGCCUUAGACUGUGAAAUGUGUUACACCAAGCAAGGCCUGGAGCUGACGCGAAUCACCGUGAUCAACUCGGACCUGAAGGUGGUCUACGACACCUUUGUCAAACCUGACCAUAAGGUCGUGGAUUACAACACCCGGUUUUCCGGCGUCACCGAGGCGGAUCUGGAGGACGUGUCCGUCACGAUCCGGGACGUCCAAGCCGUCCUCUUGUGCAUGUUCAGUGCGGACACGAUCCUAAUCGGGCACAGUUUGGAAAGCGACUUGUUUGCACUAAAGCUCAUCCAUUGCAUGGUGGUGGACACGGCGGUCGUCUUCCCUCACCGCCUGGGCUUGCCUUACAAGCGGGCGCUACGCACCUUGAUGGCAGACUACCUCAAGCGCAUCAUCCAGGACAGCGUGGAAGGUCACGACUCCAGCGAGGAUGCACGAGCCUGUAUGGAGCUGAUGCUGUGGAAGAUCAAGGAGGACGCGAAAGUCAAGCGGUGACCUGACCCCUUGCAAUCGCUGCCCUUUGCGCCUUUGGCACAGUGCAAUAAUAAAGCCUCUGAGAAAUGCCUGCAGCCAGAAGUGGGCACAUCCCAGACUUCCCCCCUCUCUGUUCAUAGGUACCCUUAGGAAUCAGGAAGGAGCGGCUGCCACGGGGCACCUCCACUCUCCCGGCACGCAGCCAGGACGAAAUGCACGUGACCCCGCGAGAGCAGCUGUCUCCCUGCCAGGGGUGGCGAGGGAGCAUUUUCAGGUAGGCCUGUCAGAGAAGACCAGAAGAAUCUCCUGAGGCACUUAACUCUACAGUCUUUCUCCUCCCCUAUUUAUGAAUUUUAAACUCUUGGCUCUAACGUAGGUGUCCGAUUUCACCGAGGUCUCGUGGCUGGCAGAACAGUGCAGGCGUCAGCCAUGGCAGCAGGCAGCGAGGCGUUUUGGGGGAGAGAGCUGGGAACGGUCCAGAGAGGGCCGGGGAGAGAGCUUUGGCCAAGGCCCCGAUGCCCUCAUGGACAGGGUCAGCAGGGCGGGCAAUGCAGGGGGGUGGCGGGGCCAUAGAACGCCAGGCCACCUGGGGGCUUUCGUGCCUCGGGACACGUUUCCAGGGGAGAGCUCCACACUUCUGUCUCUGGGCUGGGAGCCAGGGAGACUCUCCCAGAGAACAGCUGGUCCCGAUCCGCUGAUGUUGGAGGGGCUGAGGAGGGGGCGCGGAUGUCCGGUAGCUGCUCGUUCCGAAAUCGCUUCUGGAUUCCGCUUUGGCACCGUUAACAGGGUGGGGAAGGUGGAUAGAUAACGUUGAGGUUUAUGAUGAGCACAUCUUUAAAGGCUCCUGGGAGAAAUUGGGGUGAGGGGAAGCCUCCCCCUUCCUUCCCUUCUCCCUCUUGUCAAAACCCUGAAGACGAUGCCGUAGCUUUUCGCCCCCACUCCAAAGGCUUUCUCACUUAACUUUUAAGAGGGUAUUGGAGCUGCCCACGGGAGGGGGGUCAUGCAGCCACCUGAUGGCGAGGCAGCAUCUCAGCUCUUGAGGAAGCAAGUCCGCAUUUGUGGCGAAGUGUUCUCCCAUCCUCGAUGGAGAGGCCUGAGGCCUGGCCGGCCCCUGCAUUUCCUUGGGGAGCUCUGCCUCCUCCACCUUCCCUCUCCCUGGGCGCGAAUGACUUGCCUCGCUUGGGCUUCCGAGCCUCCGAGAACGGCCACCUUUGCAGCGGCCUCCUUGCUGCCCCCACAGGUUGGCGGCCGUUGGGCAGGGUAGCUUAGUACUGCCUCGUACACAGCUUGCUUCUCACCGGCACCUCACUUGACUGGAGGACGUGUUAUUGCUGUUUCAUUUCUACAAGGCAGCCAUCACUUCGUCCUGUUACAACAGCCCCAUUCUCUUUGUGUAUUAAGUUAGCACCAAAAGUGUACAGCGGUCCCUUUAUUUACCGAGGUCCAGUUCAUGUAACGCACGGUCACGCAGGGCUCCAGGUUUUGGGAAGGGGAGGCAGGGAGCCCUAGAUGUUGCAACCCGAGAGCAAAGAUGGUGGGGAGGUCGCCAUGGUUUUGAAGGUAGUGAAUCCCCCUGUUCUAGAAGGACUAGUAGGACACGUCGCCUGCACUCCCUCCCUCUGGACCUCCGGGUCCAAUUUGACUGUGUCCAACCCGUUGACCACCUUGUCCUUUGACCUGCCAUUGGUGGUUGCGUAAAUCCUGUCUCGGAUGGAAGACGGGGGAAAAGACACUGGGCUUUUGACGGCAUUGCCGUGUGGCUUUGGAAACAGUCCUGGGAACGCCUUCUGCGUUGUGAGCAGUUCCCCACCCACCCCUCUCUCUCUCUCCAAGCUUCACCACGACCUUUUAAAACAUUUGGGGAAAUAUAUUCAUGAGAUUGCUUAGCUUCCUCGUGCUGCUUUUGCUGCGAACUCUGCCUGGGAAACAGCAGAAACGUUACCCGGGUCAGAAAUAAUUGAAAAGCUGCAGCAGUAAGAACCCUCACCUUGGGGGUUAUAAAAGAAAAGGAAAAAAAACACCCUCUUCUUUCUCUUCAAACACGCACUCACAUGGUCUGAGAGGAAAUACAAUGUUUUAGAAAUGGAACAAGUGGGAAAAGAUGGUUUUUGUCUUGUUCCCUGUUUAACCAGGGGACGUAUUUGCACUACAAGCUGAUAUCAGGACUCACACCUGUUUAACUGUCAUAGGUCCUCCCAGGAUCCUGGGAACUGUAGGGCGUUCCCUGUUAGCUCAGACUCUUCUCCUGCCCAGAUGACUGUUAAUCUAAUUUAUGCCUUUUAAUCUGCUGCUGCCAUUUUGCUGUUUGCCCUUUGCUCCUUCCUUCAAGUGCAAGAUUUGAAGUAAGACAGUCCUCUUUCCAGGGUGGGGUGGGGGUGGAAAUCUAGCACUCAAGAAUGCAGGAUUCUCCCUCUACGGCGGCCCCUGGCUGCAACUUCCUACCUGUUUGUAACACUGUACAGGAAUAAAACUGCAGACUUUGUAUAUGCACAACUGUAUACCUGUUAACACUAUUUUGUAAAUCUUUUUUAAUAAAAAGAAAAUCCUGACAUGGUC